AUGCACAGUAACGCAACAUUGGAAAGAAGAAGAUCUGGGAUGAUGGUCCCAGUGCACCUGAACAUACCUGUGGCCACGGUGUUUGUGCUGAGCUGCAUGUGUGCCGUGCCGCCGCAGGGCCAGAAGCCGGGUCACGGGGACCCCCUGACGGCCCACCGGGCGAACCCGCAGUGCUGGGACUCCUCCUCGGCUCUGCUGCUGGAGAUGCGCUCCCCGAGGAUCGCUGACACGGUGCCCGCCUUCUGGGACCUGAUGGUGUUCCUCAGGUCGUCAGAAAACGGCAAACACACGACACUGUUCUGGGACCUGGCUCGGGUCUUCUGGGACAUCUAUCUGGACUGCGUGCUGUCCAGGAGUCACGGCCUUGGGCGGAGACACAUCACCGCCGUACACUCCCUCAUUACUGACAAAUCCAAUGAAUAA